AUGCCAGCUAUUGGAAUUGAUCUAGGAACGACGUACUCGUGUGUUGGAGUGUGGCAACAUGGCAACGUGGAGAUCAUCGCGAACGACCAAGGCAACAGGACUACACCAUCCUACGUAGCGUUCACCGACACUGAGCGACUCAUCGGCGAUGCGGCGAAGAACCAGGUGGCCCUCAACCCCAGCAACACAGUGUUCGACGCCAAAAGGUUAAUCGGGCGCAAAUUCGACGACCCAAAGAUCCAACAAGACAUGAAACAUUGGCCAUUCAAAGUGGUCAACGACUGCGGGAAGCCCAAAAUUCAAGUGGAGUUCAAAGGUGAGACGAAGACGUUCGCGCCGGAGGAGAUCAGCAGCAUGGUGCUGACGAAGAUGAAGGAGACUGCGGAGGCGUACCUCGGAACCACGGUGCGGGACGCCGUCAUCACCGUGCCGGCGUACUUCAACGACUCGCAGCGUCAGGCCACGAAGGACGCGGGCGCCAUCGCCGGGCUAAAUGUGUUGCGCAUCAUCAACGAGCCCACGGCUGCUGCUCUGGCUUACGGCUUGGACAAGAACUUGAAAGGGGGAGCGCAACUGAAGGCGACGGCCGGCGACACGCACCUGGGAGGCGAGGACUUCGACAACAGACUCGUGAACCAUCUCGCGGACGAGUUCAGGCGCAAGUACAAGAAGGACCUGCGUUCGAACCCGCGCGCCAUGCGUCGCCUCCGCACCGCUGCCGAGCGCGCCAAGCGCACGCUGUCGUCUAGCACCGAGGCCACCAUUGAGAUCGACGCGCUCUAUGAAGGCAUCGACUUCUACACGCGCGUCUCCCGCGCUCGCUUCGAGGAGCUCAACGCAGACCUGUUCCGCGGCACCCUGGAGCCGGUCGAGAAGGCGCUUAAGGAUGCGAAAUUGGACAAGAGCCAGAUCCACGAUGUCGUGCUCGUAGGCGGUUCUACCCGUAUUCCGAAAGUGCAAAGUUUGCUUCAAAACUUCUUCUGUGGAAAGCAAUUGAACUUAUCCAUCAAUCCAGACGAAGCAGUUGCGUAUGGCGCUGCCGUUCAAGCUGCUAUCCUCAGUGGAGAGACUGACUCCAAGAUUCAAGACGUAUUGCUGGUGGACGUGGCUCCAUUAUCUCUGGGUAUCGAGACAGCUGGAGGCGUGAUGACGAAAAUCAUCGAAAGAAACUGCAAGAUUCCUUGCAAACAGUCAAAGACCUUCACCACGUACUCUGACAACCAGCCAGCAGUUACUAUCCAAGUUUAUGAAGGCGAGCGUGCGAUGACCAAGGACAACAACCUGCUGGGCACGUUCGACUUGACCGGCAUCCCGCCAGCGCCGCGCGGCGUCCCCAAGAUCGACGUCACCUUCGACAUGGACGCUAACGGUAUCCUGAACGUGUCGGCCAAAGAAAACAGCACGGGUCGCAGCAAGAUCAUCGUGAUCAAGAAUGACAAGGGACGCUUGUCGCAGGCCGAAAUCGACCGCAUGUUGUCCGAAGCCGAGCGCUACAAAGAAGAGGACGAGAAGCAGCGGCAGAGGGUCGCCGCCCGCAACCAGUUGGAGACGUACGUGUUCAGCGUGAAGCAGGCGCUAGACGACGCGGGAGACAAGCUGAGCGAGGCUGACAAGAGCACGGCGCGCCGGGAGUGUGACGAUGCACUCAAGUGGCUGGACAACAACACCCUCGCAGACCAGGAGGAGUACGAGCACAGGCUGAAGGAGUUGCAGCGAGUUUGCUCGCCCGUCAUGAGCAAGAUGCACGGUGUGAGUGGUGGUAUGCCAGGAGGUAUGCCUGGUGGCCAGCGCGAUGGUCCCACUGUGGAGGAAGUGGAUUAA